AAAAACAGCUGCUUGUAAUAUGACGGCAUUACGGGAAUUCGCAUUCGAUGAUCUGUUCAAGCUCAAUAGGAUGCUCUUUGAUCCCCUGACCGAGGUCUAUUCGAUCGCGUUCUACGCCUUGAAACUAUUUGAGUUUCCGAUGCUCAAUGAAGUCGCCGUUGCUCCCAAUGGCCAGCUAACGGGAUUUAUCAUGGGCGGUCGCGUUCGUAAUAAGCAAUGGGUCGGAGAUGGCAAGGAUUCAGAGAAGAUGAGCAGCCAUGGCCACGUCAGUGCCCUGGCCAUUGACAACGACUUCCGACGUCUGGGAGUGGGCACGCUGCUGAUGGAAGGCUUCAGGGUCAAACUGGAGGUCGAACGGGAGUGGUACAUCGACCUAUUUGUGCGUUGCAAGAACCAGAGCGCCAUCAAGUUCUACGAGCUGCUGGGCUAUGCGAAGUACUCCAUACUGCGCAGAUACUACGACGAUGACGAUGGGUACGAGAUGCGCCUGCCGCUCUCCCAGGACGUGGACGGCACUUGCCUCAAGGGACGGGUGAAUGCUAUAGACGGACUUUACAGUGCCGGAGGGGAACUGGUGAAGGUGCUGAAAAUGCUGUUCGGCAUGCUCCGCGAUGCCAUAUUGAACGUGCUGUGAGAAUGUUGUCAACUCGUGUUGAAUGUAGCCAUGUCAAAGCCAAUCAUAAAUAGUCAGUAAACAACACGCACUUGCCAUCA